GGAGGGCGAUUUCGAAACGUCCCUAGCGAAACGAUAUCGCCUUAGCGAAGCUUUUGUAGCCAACGACCAGCAACAUUAUUUUCUGAUGGGUCCCGAUGUCAAGCCUGAUAUCAAGCCAGAUCCGCUGACACUCUCGCCUGCACAAGUGGAUGCCUUCAGCGCGGUCGGUGGCUCGGCUGGGAUAUUAGACGCUCCCCAUGAUAUUAAGCCCGAUCCUUUGGCAUUGUCGGCUUCAGAUGAGGAUCUACUGAAGGCAGCUAAUGGCUUCUCAUCUCGCACGGCAGAUGCUGUUCUCUUUUGUUGUGAGUACCGCAAGUUCGAACGUUCCUAUCAAGAUGGUGUCUCAGAGCAAGACAAAUGCCAGCACCAAGACAAGUCGCUUGGCUCAGCCCUUCCGGAUCAUCGAAUCGUUUCAAACAAACAUUGCGCUCAAAGUCAGACUGAAGAGUCUGACCGCUCGAUGAAGUCAACAUUUUGCAACAUUUUAUUGGAGCGAAGCGAUACCCUCGUGUUGCAUGUUCGAAUCCACACAGACCGGAAGCCAAAUGAUCAGGGGAACCAGGCUAACAGCAAGCCGCUCAGUUGUAAAGUCUGUGGGAAGUUACUGAGAUGCCGUCGUAGUUUUACCGAACAUAGUCGGACGCACACUGGUGAAAAGCUUUCCAAUUGUGAGAUCUGUGGGAAGCUGUUCAGUCGACCUGGGCACCUUAAUCGGCACCUCCGUACUCACACAGGUGAAAAUCCGCUCAGGUGUGAGGUCUGUGGAAGGCGCUCAGUCGGCAUCAAACCCUGGAAAACCACCUCCGCACUCACACGGGUGAAAAACCGUUUAGUUGUGAGGUCUGUGGGAAAGCGUUCGGUCAGUUUGGAAGCCUUACUCGCCACCUCCGGACUCACACAGGUGAAAAACCGUUUAGUUGUGAGGUCUGUGGGAAGGCGUUCAGUCGACCUCGAACCCUGGAUAACCACCUCCGUACUCACACUGGUGAAAAACCGUUUAGUUGUGAGGUCUGUGGGAAGGCGUUCAGUCAACUUGAAAGCCUUAAUAAGCACUUGCGUACUCACAGAGGUGAAAAAACCGUUCAGAUGUGAGGUCUGUGGGAAGGCGUUCAGUCAACAUGGAACCCUUAAUAGGCACUUCCGUACUCACACAGGUGAAAAACCGUUCAGUUGUAAUGUGUGUGGAAAGGCUUUCAGUCAACAAUGGGGUCUUACUUGCCACGUCCGUACUCACACAAGUGAAAAGCCGUUCAGGUGUGAGGUCUGUGGGAAGGUUUUCAGGCUGCAUGCCAACUUGACUAACCACUUUCGGAUCCACACAAAUGAAAAACCGUUCAGUUGUAAGAUCUGUGAAAAGGCUUUCAGUCUACAUUGGGGCCUUACUUGCCACCUCCGGACUCACACAGGUGAAAAACCGUUCAGAUGUGAGGUCUGUGGGAAGGCGUUCAGUCAACAUGGGUACCUUACUCACCACCUCCGUACUCACACAGGUGAAAAACCGUUCACGUGUGAGGUCUGUGGGAAGGCGUUCAGUCGACAUGGAAUUCUUUAUAACCACCUCCGUACUCACACAGGUAGGGCGCCGUUCAAGUGUGAAGUCUGUGAUAUGGCCUUUAUGCAACGUUGGGGCCUUACUUGCCACCUUCGGACUCACACAGGUGAAAAGUCGUUUAGUUGUGAGAUCUGUGGGAAGGCGUUUAUUCAACGUGGGGACCUUACUCGCCACCUCCGUACUCACACAGUUGAAAAACCGUUCAGAUGUGAGUUCUGUGGAAAAGCAUUCAGUCAACAUGAAAGCCUUAAUAAGCACUUGCGUACUCACACAGGUGAAAAACCGUUCAGAUGUGAGGUCUGUGGGAGGGCGUUCAGUCAACAUGAAACCCUUAAUAAGCACUUCCGUACUCACACAGGUGAAAAACCGUUCAGAUGUGAGGUCUGUGGGAAGGCGUUCAGUCAACAUGGAACCCUUGAUAGGCACUUCCGUACUCACACAGGUGAAAAAACCGUUCAGUUGUAA